AUGGAUGACAUUACCAAGACCCUGACGCAGCUUGCUCGAAAAGCACGCGAUGCUCGUGUUCCAUAUAACAACGACAGCUCCCAACACUAUGCAAUGUUCAGCGGCGCCAUAUCCAACGUUUUAUCCACUGAGAUCGCACUUUUCACCUAUGCCCAGAUCAUUGAUGGAUUACCCACCGACGAAGUGGCUUACGAUCGACGAUCGCCUGGUCUUCAUGGUGACCAUCCCAUCGAGCAGCAUGUUGACCUUUGCCCCGGCACCCUGGAAAGAGCUCGCGAGUUUCGCCAAAACUUCGACCCAGCCAUUCUCUCAUUUGACCCCAAACUGCUCAAAUCGUACCGAAGAGCAGCGGUGGGCUCGAAGGAAUUCAAUACGAGGCUGAUUGAACUUGUCGCGGCCGCCAUCCAUGAAAUCGCAGUCAUUCUGUUUCAACUCGACCUGCGGCUGCAUCAAGGCGACGUCGACGCAAUCGUCCAGUGGAAGGAAGAUGAUGAAGACGUGGCCCCCCGAGCAACUAUCUUCAACCACCCCUACUAUCUCGACGACGAUGUCUACCCUGAUGGGGUAGCCGAUGUUGUCGGAUACUGGGCUGAAGAUCGUAUUCUCGGCGGCGUGACGGUGUUUGACCGGCGCGCCGAAGAAGCCACUCCAGAGCAGCCACCAAAUGUAUACUUUCUUUCCUGUCGCAGGCGCCACACGGAUCGCUACUGGCAGCUACUCGACCAGCAGCAGCAGGACCUGGUCGACUUCUUUCUUGGCAAGAGUGCAUCAUGUCCCCUUCCCACACUUUGUACCGACGACAACACUGUGAGAAUUGAUGAGCAAUUUGCCAUCAUCCAGCAUCAUGUGUACCGCGACAUAUGGGAGCGUAAACCGCCAACCCGACAGCAUUUACGGUUCCUUGCAAACCGGCCACAAAACGCAGGUGAUUACCCUGAGCACGCGGCGCUGAUCGAGUCGAUUAAGCGCCAAUGGGACGAUGACCUUGAGCCCGAGACAAAGGAGUAG